AUGGCCACAAGGAGGAAAACUACGGGAAAUGAAUCCUCAUUGUCUAAACGAGACGACGAUGCUCCGCUAGCUCCUACCGAGCCGACUACUUGGGGUGGAAUUGCGAGGGCAUGGCCAAAGACGACAUUUUGCAUUGUGUCAAACGAGUUCUGCGAGCGCUUUUCUUUCUAUGGGAUGAGAACUGUGCUCACUUUUUAUCUCCUAAAUGUACUCAAAUUCUCAAACGAUCAAUCAACGAUUUUCUUCAAUUCAUUCAACGUUCUCUGCUAUUCGACACCAAUUCUUGGAUCGAUUAUCGCUGAUGGAUAUGUUGGAAAAUUUUGGACAAUCUUCACCGUCUCGAUUCUUUACGCAGCUGGACAAGUGGUCUUAGCCAUUGCAUCGACAAAAGACUCAUCAUCGAGUUUUCAUCCAUGGCUUGACUUGAUCGGAUUGAUCACAAUCGGUUUCGGUACUGGUGGAAUAAAGCCAUGCGUGAAUUCGUUUGGAGCUGAUCAAUUUGAGAAAGGACAGGUCCGAAUGUUGUCUCUUUUCUUCUCGAUGUUCUAUUUCUCUAUCAAUGCCGGCUCGAUGAUUUCCACGUUCAUUGCUCCAAUUUUUCGAUCUAUGAGUUGUAUGGGCCAAGACUCUUGUUAUCCAUUGGCUUUUGGUAUUCCAGCAGUGCUUAUGAUUGUAGCGACAUGUCUCUUCAUGGCUGCCUCAUUUUGGUACAAGAAAAAGCCGCCAAGCGAAAAUGUGUUCGGUGUGAUUUUUGGAUUGAUUUUUGGAGCGAUUGGGAACAAAUUCCGAGCCAGUGAGAAGAAAUCGCAUUGGUUGGAUCACUACAUGACGACACACGACUGUACAAGGGAUAAAAGAUGUCAAGAGAUGAAAUUGGAGAAAGGAAAAGAUUACUGUCACAAGGGGCAAUACGUUGACGACGUGAAGCAACUUUUCCGUGUUUUGAUCAUGUUCUUGCCGGUGCCGAUCUUCUGGUCACUCUACGAUCAACAGGGAUCGAUUUGGUUGAUUCAAGGCACUCAAAUGGAUUGCCGUUUGUGGGGAAACGUGCUAUUCAUGCCGGAUCAAGUGCAAGUGCUGAACGCAGUGCUAAUUCUCGUUUUCAUUCCAAUUUUCCAAAUAAUCAUCUAUCCAAUCGCCGAGAAAUUCGUUACUUUAACAUAUCUCCGAAAAAUGGUUUGCGGGGGUCUUUUGGCGGCGGCGGCUUUUGGAGUGGCUGGCUUGGUGCAAACUGAAGUGAAUAAUUCUUUACCACUUCUACCGAAAAGUGGCCAAGCUUAUGUGUCAUUUUUCAACGCGAUUCCCAAUUGUACUUUUGACGUGAGCCCUUCAGGGAAAGAGGAUUGGAGAACGCUGAAUUUUGGAGAGAGUAUGCCUGACUUGAAAAAGACAAAAAAGCAAUCGGCUCAAGAAUCUUUCCAUCUCAGUGCCGGAUCGAAUAGCUUUCAAUUACGAAAUUUCGUCGGUGAUUGCAUUUUCACGCCAAAUUCCCUCAAAAUGGAUCAACUCACUUAUACUUUUAAAUCAAAGAAAGUUUACCAUGUAACUGUAACGAAAAAUGGAGCAUUGAUGGGUGAAAUCGAUACAGAUAAAGCUGAAGAAGGAACAGGAGAAUUUAGCGCUGGUAUAAUCUAUGCUUUGGAUUACAAAUAUGGAGGAGAUGAACUCGACAAUUUGGUUUUCUGUCGAGGAGAUACAAAACCAACAGAAUGUAAUCCACGAAAACCAUCUGAUUUUUAUUACUGGGAACAAAAAUAUAACAAAGAUGACAGUGAUCUUGAUGCAUAUGACUUUUAUGAUAUUGGAAACGAGAAAAAAUCAGACAAAAAAUAUGUUUUAUACAGCUUUAAACCAGUGAAACCUGGAAAAUGGUGGAUCUUCUUGUUGCACGGUCGACCAAGAAGUGCCGGUUCGACAACUCCAAAGACUGUUGAUGUCACAGAUUUGGAUGUGAGCAUCGAAUUGCGGAGACAAGGUGGUGUUUAUUUGUAUGCGUUGAUCAAUGAUCCGACUGCUGACAACUAUACGAGUGGCGGUGCUGGCCUUAAAGUCUACAAAAACCAAGACGGAGCGCCGAUUCAUUUCCAAGCUGUACCGGAUAACUCUGUGAAUAUUUUGUGGCAGGUUCCACAAAUUGUCGUCAUUACCGCAGGAGAGAUUCUUUUUUCGAUUACCGGCUAUGAGUUCGCCUACUCGCAGUGUGCCCCAUCGAUGAAAGCUGUUGUACAAGCUGCUUGGUUGUUCACUACAGCGAUUGGAGACACGAUCAUCGUAUUGAUCACUCUCUGGAGUCCAUUUGACAACAUGGCAACGAUGUUCUUUGCUUAUGCCGGUGUGAUGGCUGUUGUGAUCGUUCUUUUCGCUUUUAUGUCCCAUUUCUAUUACGAUUACAAAUCCUAUGUGGCAUCUGGGGAUGACUCGCAAAAUGAGGCGCUGAUAGAUGAUGAGGACGAUUGGGGGAAAAUGAAUGCGGGCUAUCAAGCCGAUCACGGACAACCGAGAAAAACGAGCAAUCUUGAGGAGUAUUUGGAUGAAGAUGAUCUCAAAUUU